AUGGGUAUUUCGAAAAGGCUCGCACUUUUUGUAGCCUUUGUGCUUUUUUUUUGUUAUUAUGAUGGAGUGAAGUGUGAUGAGGUGGCUAUAAGAGGAGUACCCAGCGGGGCCACCCCCCCCAACGAGGAGAAGGCAAGCAAAGAGGAUAAGACGGACAAAGCGGCCAAUCCGGUGAACGCACCCACCCCCCCGGGGGGCGAAGGCAAAGAUAAAGGCCAAGAAGCCAGUGUAAAUUUAAAGGGCGGCGCAUCCAAGGAGCAAGCCGUGAAGGGGGGCACAGUCAUCUCAGCGACCAGUGGCGCAGGUGAAGCACAGACGCAGACGACCUUUUUGCAGAGCAAGGAGAAGCAGCAGGAGAACAAGGAUAGCAAGGAUAGCGCAACCAACAAGGAUAGUACUAACAAUGCGAACAAUACGAACAAUUCGAAUAGUGUGAACAAUGCGAACAAUUCGAAUAGUGUGAACAGUGCGAAGAGCGCAAGCGAGGAGGAACAUUCCGUGGUUAAGGAAAUAACCCCCAAGGAGGAGCCGCCAAACGAGGGAAACGCUAAAGGAAAGGACGGCGGAACGGAAAAGGCUGGAGGACUCCGCAGCGGAAGCAGCAGUGGUGUGCCAAACGAUGUGUCAAAAAACGUAUCAAACGAUGUGCCAAAAGACGUGCCAAACGGUGUGCAGAACGGUGUGCGGAACGAUCUGCCGAACGAUCCGCCGAAGGAAGAGGCCCCAAGCAAAAGCACCAACGAGGAGCUGUACGAAGAACUGAAGAAACAAAAUGAGGAAGAAAAAAAUGCAGACAUGAAUUUUCUGAAAAUACUCUCCAUCGCGUCAUCCCUUUUUAUGCAGUUAGUAUUAUUUCCGUCCAUUUUUAAAAUGAUAAGGAAAAAAACGACGGGGGAGGUAGAUGGGUUACCCUACGUGGUGUUGUUGUUCUCAUCGUUCCUCUGGUUGGUAUAUGGGAUGCUGUUGAAUAAUUCGGCCAUUAUUUGUCCCAACUUAAUAGGGCUUGUAUUGGGAUCAUUUUACUCUCUCAUGUAUCAUAAGUAUUGCAAGAACAUGUGGCUGAAGCAGAAAUUAUUUUCCUAUUACAAGAUUUGUGGGUUCAUAUGCUUUUUGCUUUACGCCUUUCUAUACCUUUUGACUUAUGAGCAGUACGAAUUGUUUGUCGGAUUCAUGGCGUUUAUAUCGAGCAUAGUGAACUUUGGUGCUCCUUUGUCUUACGUACAGAUAGUCAUUAAAAAGAAGAACUCUUCUCUGAUCCCGUUGGAAAUAGCCACAGGAAGUUUGGUGUGUUCAUUCCUGUGGGUGACUUACGGGUUCACCAUCAAGGACGGCUUUGUCAUUGUACCAAACUUAUGUGGCUUUAUCUUAAGUCUGUUGCAGAUUGCGUUAAUUUUAUUGUAUUCCAACAAAGAGGCCAUUGUUAGUUAUGAAGAUGGAGACGAAGUGGAUUUUGUGACGGACGGUGGAGGAAUCCGUGUCAACAGGAAGAACCGCUACGCACCUACAGAAAAUCAUAUUUUCUUGAGCGAGUUUAAUAUAGAUGCAGAGAACAGAAUGGGAAGUGCAGAAGUGUCUACUCGUGGAACAACUUAUGGCAAUAGCGGAAACAGCAGUAAUAUGAAAAGUGGGAACAAUCCAAAUGGUUCCUUUAUAGACUCAGCGUAUGAUGAGACUUCUCCCCUUACGGGCGCCAACUUUGGAAGCGGUGCGCCCCGGCAGGGCUACCUCAAUCGCUCCGGCAGCCUGCAUCAGGAUUCUCCCCUCACAUUCUGA